AAACAUAGCAGUCUCCCGCUGGGUCAGUCUGGUGUUAUGCUGGUCUAUCUAGCAUGAUUCUAUAGACUGGCUGCUGUAUUGUUUUGAUUAGGAAAAUCAUUUAGACUCGAAGAUUACAGCUACGGAUUACGUUAUCAAGGGUUUCCCCUGUAGUCAGCAAAGUGAUGGAGGAGCAGACUGGCUCUCCUGGAGCCAACACCGAAAACAAUGGCCAGAGAAACGGAGAUGAGAAGCCCCGACGUGGCAGCUGGACCAAGGGGAGGAAGAGGAAGAAGCCAAUGAAGGACAGCAAUGCGCCCAAGGCCCCCCUGACAGGCUACGUUCGCUUCAUGAACGACAGACGGGAACAGCUACGGGCAGAGCGUCCAGACGUUCCCUUUCCAGAGAUUACAAGGAUGCUGGGCAAUGAAUGGAGCAAGCUGCCCCCCGAGGAAAAGCAGCGAUACUUGGAUGAGGCAGAGCGAGAUAAGGAGCGAUACAUGCGGGAGCUGGAGAAGUACCAGAAGACAGAAGCCUACAAACAUUUCACCAGGAAGGUCCAGGAGAAGCAGAAGGGCAAGCGGCACAGGGGAGAUGGUGGGCAUCAGGUCGCCAAUGAGGCUCUUCACGAGAAAGAUGCAGAAGGGAAGGACAGAACUGUGUUCGACAUACCGAUCUUCACAGAGGAGUUUCUCAACCACAGCAAAGCACGUGAAGCCGAGAUGCGGCAGCUGCGUAAGACCAACAUGGAGUAUGAGGAGCGUAACGCAGCACUGCAGAAACAUGUGGAGAGCAUGCGAGGGGCAGUGGAGAGGCUGGAAGGCGACGUGAUGCAAGAGAGAGGACGCAACGGUCUGCUCCACCAACACCUGGAGACGCUGCGCCAGGCGCUCACCUCCAGCUUCUCCUCCGUACCUCUGCCAACCAGUGGAGAGACGCCCUCGCUCGACACCAUUGACUCCUACAUGAAGAAGCUCCACAGCAUCAUCGUCAGUAACCCCCAAGAACACGAGAAUCUCAUCAACACUGUGAGAGACGUGGUCAACCGUUUGGACAGAUAAUUGGAUGGAUUGCGAUUCACAGUGACGUUGAGUAGAUGCUGCUCCCUGACGGUGAAUCUUCCUGUCGCUCUGUCGCCCCACUUAGUUUUAAAACAUCUUUUAUUUGUCUGCUAAGGUGAUGUAGGUGAAGGUAAUGUAGCGUCUCAUGUUUAUUUAUUACUUUUUACAUAUUUUUAAAAUCCUGUUCAAACUUUAUUAAUGCGGCUGUACUUUGUUUUAUAAAAUGAUCAGAUGAGAAAACAAGAUGGUUUUCUGUCAUUCAUUGCUCCCGUUCUGUCUUCACUGUCCGUUAUAGCAGCUGCUUCCACAACAAUAUCAACUAUGUUCUGAUCAAAGAAAAAAUGUGUCAGUGGGUUUGUAUUUACCGUAUCCAAAAGAUGUUGUUGCGCAGACUUUCUUUUUUAAUGCUCUGUCAAAGGAAAACUUUUUUUUUCCCCCUGCGUGAACAAGUGUUUGUGUUUUCAAUAAACGUAUUUCCAUCAUG